AUGGUGGGCAGCUACGCCAACGGAGCGGGAGCAGGAGGAGGAGGCAAAAACGGCGCGGCGGAGGGGAAGCUGGACGAGCUGCGGCGGCGGCUGGGGAAGGCGGAGGGGGACCCGCUCCGGAUCGCCGGCGUGGGCGCGGGGGCCUGGGGGAGCGUCUUCUGCGCGCUGCUGCAGGACGCGUACGGCCGCGACCACCGGGACAAGGCGCAGGUGCGCGUGUGGCGCCGCGCGGGCCGCGCCGUCGACCGCGCCACCGCCGAGCACCUCUUCGAGGUCAUCAACGCCCGCGAGCACGUCCUCCGCAGGCUCAUCCGCCGCUGCGCCUACCUCAAGUACGUGGAGGCCCGCCUCGGCGACCGCACGCUCUACGCCGACGAGAUCCUCCGCGACGGCUUCUGCCUCAACAUGAUCGACACGCCGCUCUGCCCGCUCAAGGUCGUCACCAACCUGCAGGAGGCCGUCUGGGACGCCGACGUCGUCAUCAACGGCCUGCCCUCCACCGAGACCAGGGAGGUGUUCGGGGAGAUCGGGCGGUACUGGAAGGAGAGGAUCAACCCGCCCAUCAUAAUCUCGCUGGCCAAGGGGAUCGAGGCGUCGCUCGAUCCCAUGCCUCGGAUCAUUACCCCGACGCAGAUGAUCGCCAAUGCAACUGGAGUUCCAUUGGAGAAUAUUCUGUAUCUGGGAGGCCCUAACAUUGCAUCUGAAAUCUACAAUAAAGAGUACGCAAACGCUCGCAUCUGUGGAGCUGACAAGUGGAGGAAGCCUCUUUCUAAAUUUUUGCGGCAGCCUCAUUUCAUUGUAUGGGACAAUAGUGAUCUCAUUACUCAUGAAGUCAUGGGUGGCUUAAAGAACAUAUAUGCCAUUGGUGCUGGUAUGGUGGCAGCACUGACCAACGAGAGCGCAACAAGCAAAGCAGUGUACUUUUCACUUUGCACCUCUGAAAUGAUAUACAUCACCCACCUGCUAGCGGAAGAGCCCGAGAGACUUUCUGGACCACUAUUAGCAGAUACUUAUGUUACACUAUUGAAAGGUCGUAAUGCUUGGUAUGGCCAUAAAUUAGCUAAGGCAGAACUGACUCUGGAAAUGGGGGACAGCAUCAAAGGCAAAGGGACUAUACAGGGUGUCUCUGCAGUCAAUGCAUUUUAUGAACUCCUGAGCCAAGGCAGCAUAAGUGUGACGCACCCAGAAACCAAGAAGCAUGUUGCUCCUGUCGAGCUGUGUCCGAUACUCAAAACACUGUACAAAAUUUUAAUCAAGAGGGAGCUUGGUACCAGUUCCAUUCUUGAGGCAAUACGCGAUGAAUCAAUGUCCGAUCCACGGGAAAGAAUUGAGAUGGCACAGCGCCAAUCCCUCUACCGGCCAUCUCUCCUCGGCCUGCCUAAAGGCGAUAUCAAGCUGUAG